UUCCCUGGAAAACAAAGGCUUUUUUUAGGGGCGGGAGAGAAACAACCCCAAGCAAAACAUCUAUGAUCAGCUGAACUUGCGUAUUUUAUCAUCAUCAGCUAUUUAAAAGUAAGAAUGCCAAACCAAACCUUUGAUCACAUUUCGGUGAUAGAAGCGAGUGACAAAAGACCUGCCAGCAUGAAAGUUAAAACAGCAUUAGUAUGUGCUUUUAUCAUCAUGAUGGUCUUUUUCGUAGUUGAAUCAUCCCACACCCCAAAGGGUAAUCCAAUAGCAAGAAACUGGGGUCCACAAUCAAUGCUGUAUCUCAAGGGAAGAUAUGGUAGAAGAUAUGCUUCGUCUGAUAGUGAAGAACAGUAUUACAAGCUUGACUUGGAUGAUUUGAAUGCAGUUAUGAAAAGUAUUUAUUUGUUACAAACAUUCAGCACCACUGAAAUUCCUGAACAUCAGAAGAAAAUGAACAGCUCAAAAUAUGGACAUUGACCACUUGGACUAAUGUUUUAUUUUACUUGCCCUUCG